CCUUGCAGGGCACCACACCUUCACUCUCACACCAAAGGGCAAUGUAAAGGAGCCAAUUCACCCUCAUUAUGUUUAAGGACACGGUAGCAUCAGAGAGAGACUUUUCUUCAACUGCUGGUUCUGGUUGUACGAUGGAAGCUGGUAAAGUGUAUAGUAGCACCACAGUGCUGCAAGCCCAAAAAGCUGUGGAGCAGCUGAGACUGGAGGCAAGUCUGGAAAGGAUCAAGAUCUCAGCAGCAGCUGCUCAGCUAGUGCAGUACUGUCAGGAGCACCGGCGUGGAGAUCCACUCCUUACAGGAAUUGCUGCCUCAUCCAACCCCUUCAAAGACAAGAAAACAUGUGUGCUACUCUGA